GGUGGUGAGGGAAGGGAGGGUAGGGAUGUUACGUUGGUGGAGAUGUGUGAUGGAGGGUGUGUCACCCUGAAGCCUCACAUCACCAGACAACGUCAGCCUGGCCGGGUGCAUCUCUGUCCUUCAGUUCUAAAGUGAAGAUGAGUAAGCUUGUUAGUGGUCACGAGGUGGUGGUGAUGAGUGAUGAGUGGCUGGCCAGGUUGGGCAAGGAACAACAACUCUACAAGGAAGGUAUGGUCAAACUGAUGCCCGACGGAUGGCUACUUCCCGCUGCAUUCACCAGAAUUGCAGACAAGAUAUACAACUUCAAGCUCAGGCCCAGCGACGUAAUUUUGAUGGGGAUGCCCAAGUCUGGUACAACCUGGCUUCAGGAGGUCCUCUGGACGAUGUUGAACAACCCUGACCUGAACAACGAUAAAGCUGACACACCAACACCAAUGAGAUCACCACAAAUAGAAUUUGACGCACUGGCGGAUAGCAACGCAUGGGAUAAAAUGAUGGUAGAUUUUGGCGAACUUCCUCAAUCUUUUCAAGAUAUGGCUGCAGAAUUUUUAUUCAAAGAAAUGAAGUCAGAAGAUGGUGUUUUCCUGAAGAUGUCUGAAGCUUUACCUGACCGUCGUGUUAUGAAGACUCAUCUUCCAUUCUGUCUCCUGCCUCCAUAUCUUCUUAACUCAGCUAAGGUGGUGUAUGCAGUUAGGAAUCCCAAGGAUGUGGUGGUGUCCUUGUACCACCACUUCAAAAAUUUCCAAUUCCACUCCUACACCGGCACCUUCGACAACUUCGUGAAGCUGUUCAUGGAGGAUGAUUUGUUGUUCAGUCCCCUACUGGCCCCCUUGGGGUCUUCAUGGAAGAUGAAGGAUCAACCCAGCGUCGUUGAACACACAUCGUUCUCUUCAAUGAAGUCUCGUUUAGUGGAAUUCGAAGGAAAGGCUUUUAAAAGUGAUGCCGAGAAGAAUGAAGGGUUCUUUAGAAAAGGCGUAAUAGGGGACUGGAAGAACCACUUCUCACCAGAGUUGGAGAAACAGAUGAAUCACUGGAUCGAAAAUAAUACUGCCAACACUAAUAUUAUCUUUAAGGGUAAUUAAUGGUAAUUUUCAUGUAUAUGACAUGAAAAGUAAUCACAAAAUUAGUGACGUUGAGAAUGCUGUAUUUUUCACAAAUUUACAGAUCUAUGUUUAAAAUUUAAUUAGUGAUGAAGUUACUAAUGUAUUUUCCACUUAAAUAUUUUGUACAGUAUUUUACACUAAUGUACCUACAGACCAUGACAUGUUUUGUUGUUGAAUCUGUCAGGGAAUAUCAUGACACUACAGUAAAGUUCGUUCGUCGGGACCCAAGACUUGCGUCUCAUGACACAGAUCUUUGCUUUAGCGUAAUUGCUAAGCAAGAAUGAAGGGAUAUUGCAGUAGGCCUACUGGCCCGUGCUAGGCAUGUCUAAGGCCCACUCACAUCCACUCUUAUCCCUCCAACAAAUAUUUGAAGGUACCCAAAAUACCUAGUAGUAGGUAGGUAGGUAUAAUGUUCGUCAGGAAACAGGACAAGUGUUUCCUGACGCGGGUCUUAGUCAUAUGAUAACCCACAGCUGGAGCUUUCGGUCAUCUGAUCGAGGCCUUCCUCUGGCUUACCGGUCCACCCCUUUAAAAAUCAUGGUUAUGAUUAUAAUCAUUAGUGUUUUUAAUCACCUGUUAUUAUCAUUAUCACAACUUCAUUACUGCUACAGUAAUUAUUGUAACAGAGAUUUUAGAUAAUUAACAUUACCUUUUGCAGGUCCUUCAUAAAUAUAAUAAAACUAUAAUGAUCUAAA